AUGACCUAUCGAUGGCACGGCCAUGGCCACAGCCACGGCGUGUUAGAGGAGGAGGAAGAGGAGGAGGAGACGGCGGAGGAGAGGGCGCUGAGGCUGAAGUUGUCGGCGGCCGACGUGAAGGCCGCGGACCGCAUCACGUGGGUCGGCGUCUGGCUCAACGUGGUGCUCAGCGGACUCAAAGGAGUGGCGGGCGUGGCCUUCCACUCUUCGGGGCUGCUCGCGGACGCCGCACACUCGAUGAGCGACCUGGUCAGCGACUUUGUCACGCUCGUGUCGCUCAAGUACUGUGCGCGGCCGCCGGACGCGCUGCAGCCGUAUGGAUACGGCAAGUACGAGACCAUCGGGGCGCUGUCCGUGUCGCUGCUGCUGGUCGGAGGCUCACUGGGCAUCAUGGCGCACUCGCUGGACACGUUGCUGGUGCUGGUGGAGCCGGCGGCGGCGUCUACUACUGCGAUCGUGGCGCUAAAUCCGACGGAAGUGGCGGAGCUGGUGGAAAAGAUGGAUCCCGAGGCGCUGGAGGCCGUGGAGAGUCUGGCCAAGUCGGUGCACACGCACGCGCAUGGCAUGGUGAUGCACCCGGCGGCGUUGGGCAUUGCGGCGCUGUCUGUGGCGGCCAAGGAGGCGCUGUACCGCACGACGAUUAGCAUCGGUCGACGCGUGCACUCGAGCGUGCUGAUCGCGAACGCCUGGCACCACCGCAGCGAUGCAGUGACGAGCGUGGUGGCUAUGGGUGGCAUUGGAUUGAGCCUUGCAGGCUUCCCGUUGUUCGAUCCGCUGGCGGGUAUUGCAGUGGGUGGUAUAAUUCUCAAGAUGGGCGCGGAAAUGGGCUGGGACGCCACCAAGGAGCUGUGUGACGCCAAGUUGCCCGACAUGACCAUCAGAAGCCUGGAGAAGGCUGUAGACGAAGUGGUUGGGAAUAGCAACGGAGACGUGCUGAGCGUUCGUCAACUGCGUAGUCGCAGAGUCGGCCGGCAUAUCCAUGUCGACCUCACCCUGGUGGUCGACGACGCGGCGUCGGUGCACCGAGCUGUCGAGUGGAAGCAGAAGGUGAAGGGCGCCAUCAAGCACAGGAUGCCGCGUGUCAAGGACAUCGUCGUGGAGAUCGCUACGCCUGAGCAGUUGGCGGCAACUGCAGCGGCUGAAGCGAAGGAAGCCCAUGAUCAUGCCGCGCACAGCCACCUCUAG